AUGACAGAAUCAAUACACUCCGUAGUGUCAGAAACCGUCCAUGAUCAUAACAAACAUAUCAUACGUCCACCCAAGUUCACUAGCAGAGCCAUCAAGAAUUAUCUCAAAACAAGAUUCACUUCGUUAUGGGUUGGGUGGGAUGAGUUGAGAAAGUAUAGUUGGUAUGAAUUUCUUAAUCCCUUCCAGCCAUUAGUUGAAAUGAAUCUUCACCAAUGGAACUUUUUCUUUAUAGGAUUUUGGGCGUGGACUUGGGAUGCUUUCGAUUAUUUUAUCACGAGUUUGAAUGUCUCGAAUAUUGCUAAAGAUUUAGACGUCAAGACAAAAGAUGUUACAUGGGGUAUUACAUUGGUGUUGAUGUUGAGAACAGUUGGUGCUUUGAUUUUUGGUGCCAUCGGUGACAGUUUUGGAAGAAAAUGGCCUUAUAUUAUCAACUUGGUUUUGCUAAUGGCUCUCCAGAUUGGCUGCGGUUUUGUUCAAACGUUUAAACAAUUUCUUGCAGUGAGGGCAUUGUUUGGUAUUGCCAUGGGUGGUAUAUUCGGUAUCUGUGCUGCUGAUGCUCUUGAGGAUGCACCUAAAAAGGCUAGAGGUGUCUUGUCUGGUAUCUUUCAGGAAGGUUAUGCAUUCGGGUACUUGUUAGCAGUGUGCUUCCAAAGGGCAUUCGAUGAAACUUCUGACACUUGGAGAAAUAUGUUUUACUUUUCAGCUGGUGUUCCAGUGAUUUUUAUUGCAUGGAGAUUGAUUAACCCAGAGACCAAUACCUACCAACGUCAACAAGAGCGUAUGAAAAAGGAAGCCGCUACAAAGCAGUCAAAACAUGCACAGCUUGUUGAAUUCGGCAGUCAAGCAAAGAAAGCAUUGAAAACUUAUUGGCUAAUUAUUAUAUACUUGGUGUUGAUGAUGGCCGGUUUCAACUUCUCUUCUCACGGGUCACAAGAUUUGUACCCAACAAUGUUGACUGAAACGUAUCAUUUUGGCCAUGACAAAUCCACGGUUGUCAAUGUCUGUGCCAAUUUAGGAGCUAUUGCAGGAGGUAUCGUUAUUGCACAUCUUUCCACUUUUAUUGGAAGACGUACUGCUAUUCUUAUUGGAAAUGUUUUUGCUGGUGCAUUUAUUUAUCCAUGGGCAUUCAAGCCAAUGUGGGUGACAGCGUUCUUUAUGCAAUUCGGUAUUCAAGGAUCUUGGGGAGUUGUUCCUAUCCACUUGUCGGAAUUGUCUCCACCUCAAUUUAAAACUUUUGUCACUGGUGUUGCAUAUCAAUUGGGUAACUUGGUUAGUUCUGCAAGCUCUACCAUAGAGGCAACCAUUAAUGAUACCUUACAUGACUAUGGGAAAACAAUGGCUAUCUUUAUUGGUGCCGUUAUAGCCUAUUUGAUGGCGAUCGUCUUGAUUGGACCUGAGAAUAGAGGCGCAGACUUGAGUAUUGCCAGGGAUGAUGAAAUGAGUGUAUACAAUCUUGACGACGAGGAUGACAAAGAUGAUGCUGUCUCCAAGAUCGAUGAUAAGGAAGGUGUGUUCUGUGAGAAGCCGAUUGUUGAUCACAAGGAGUGA